AUGAAGCUCCAACUUGUUCAGGUUCUCGCCUUCGUAUCUUCCAGCCUAGCGCAGGUCGCAGCCAAUCCUCCCGAGGGAAAACAUUAUUCACAAAUUCCACUCAACACCUUGUCCGAGAACUCGACGUCCGCCAACGUAGCGUCUUACCAGUCCAACACUUCGCUCUAUUAUCUUGGCUAUAAGGACAAAGACUGGUCUCGGCCGUUUGUCAAAUACUGGAAACCUGCCGUGAAACAAAUUUCCGAUGAUGUGCAGAAAGGCAUUACAGAAAGUCCCCAUGCCAGUAAAUUGGUAACGGGGGAUAUGUAUGACUGGUGGUUUGGAUGGCACCUGGUUGACCCUCAAAGAUAUAAAUUAUGGCAUCCACUCGCUCACCAAUAUGCCUAUCGAAUGCCGAACGAGAUCGACUGGAGUAACAAGACCUUACCUGAACGUUAUAUCGGAUCAUACUCCUGGAUAGACGAGUUCAUCGGCAACUUUGCCACUAAACUGACCGUUAGCUUCGUGGAUCCUGCAACUCUUGGAUUCAAUACGAGCGCCUACGAGUCGCAGGGCAUCGAGACUAUUGUUACUGCCCAUAUUACUAGUGGACAUACUACCAACGUUACCAGCAAUUCCUGCCUCAUGCAUCAGAUCCGUCGCAAGGACGAUGGACAGCGAGAGCUGCGAUCUCGAUUCUUCCUUGGCGUCUUUGCAGACACGCAGGGUCAUGAUCUUGGCGUCCAUUGCGCCGUUGAGAUGUCACGUGAGUUUUAAAUCGCCCUUCAUUGAUUCUUACAAGAACUAAUUCAUCGUGGAUUUGGCUACAUUUCUGCCCGGACUGUUCGCUGAGUUCAAGGAUACGAUCUGAUUGCGAUUGGAGCUUGGGACGAGCGAGGUACCGAUACAUUAGCU